ACUUCUACUUCUCUGAUUUGUCUGCUUUCCUCUAGAGUAGUUUACUAUCAAGGUAGGUCUCCCCUUUGAAAGUACCAUAGAAAACCGUUGACGCAUAUGCGUAAGGUAGUCGGCUAUCUUCAAUUCGUUGACAGGGGAAAACAAACUUCUUGGCGACGAUAUCAGAAUGGACGAUUUUAAGUUUAAUGCCCAGAAGAUGCUUGCAGCACAGAGGGCGAAGGGUCGACGGGCGCAGUCUCCCGAGACGGAAUCCAACUGGGACAGCUCGGAGCCAGAAGAAAACACCGUCACCCAGAUCAGCUCUGAUGAAGAGUUCAGUGUGAAAUCCAGCAGAUCACACAAAUCAACAAAGUCGUCUCGAGGAGCAUCGAAGGCUGAUUCUAAGACAAGAAGUCCUUUAAAGCCAGACCCAGUGACAUCACAAAGGAAAGCUUCCAAACCUGCUGCCGAUGGACUCACCUCAUCUACAGGGUCUGGGCGACCAGCUGUGAAUGUAUUCAUAGAUCGGGGUGGCAUUGACUCUGACAACCAGUCUCAGAAAUCAACCACCAAGAAGACGAAAAAGAAGAAGAAAGAGGAGAAACCACCGUAUGACUUCAGGGAGGCUCUCAGAGAUGAAGAUGAAGACCCUCCUAGUCAGAGUGCUGCUCAGAGACCCGGUCGUAGUAGGAAGGGAGAAUCCUAUGACCCCGCCUCACCUAAGACCAAGGCUAAACCAAAGGAUGAGCAAUUUGCAGAUACAGGUUCAUGGGACGAAUCAGACGAGAAUCAGAAAGCUUUGACCCGCAUCCUGAGAGAGAGGGAUGGACUAGAAACAAACAACAACACUAAUAACACAGAACAAACAACAGAUCCUAAGGCUGAGCCCCAACCAGAGGACACCAGUCCAAGAAAAAAGAAAGGAUGGUCGAUCAGCCUGAAGAGCAAAACAAAAGAGAAGAAAACAAAGAAGGAGAAGACGGAGGAGCCUCCGAGGGAGAUGCAGGUUGCCAUGACGACCCCUCCGGUCCCCAGUCUCAAACACUCAGAGGUAGAUGUGGUUUACAGGAAGGAGGAGGAGGACGUCGAGACAAUCAUCUCCUUGGAUGAUGAUGAAAGAGGAACAAGGUAUGUAUACAUCUAUCACCAUGGUAACACUUCAUACGCAGACACCAGGCCUUCCCAGGAAGCUGUUUACAUGACAACCAUCGCCGACAAAUCAGAACUCAUCUUUCGCCGGUGUGCCCGCGAGAUCUUUGCAACACUACGCAUCCUCGUCGACUUCUUCCUCAUAUUCCUCCUGGAGGGGCUGCGUUUUCUUGCAUACAACAUCGUCAGCGCCUUCUUGGUUGGAGUAACAACCGGAUUCGGGGAUUAUUUCCUGAGACCGGUUGCCACGGCGAUCUUUAAUGGACUCUGUCAACCUUUUGCCAUGUUCUGCUUUAACGUGGGUGUGGCCACAAGGACUUCCACCAGACCGUUUGUUGAUGUCCUACAUAACUUUCUUUCUCUUGUUGCCAUGGUAAUACGUGCUUUCCGGCUCGUGGAGGUUAAUCACAAUAGACCACAACGGACCGCAGUUGAAGAUGUCUAGACUCAUCGUAGCAAUCAUGGCUAAUACCAAUCAGGGAUUUUCUACAAAGUUCGGCAGUUCAGGUGGCUGAAUUAUGUAGAUAUUAAAGUAAAAAUAAACAGUACUUUGAAUUGUACUCUUUUAUUUCACUGGCUUACACAUACACUUUUCAGUUUCAAGUACCGCUUUUGUUUAGUUUUGUUUCUAUAACAAAUAGAAAAACAUUUAAACACUUUAGUGAAAUUGCAACACCCUAAUUGUGCAUACAUUGUGUGCGGGUAAGCCUGAAUCUGGUGGUAAUAAUAUUUAUCUGUAAAGCGCUUUGAAAGGGCCUGCAGUCCUGAAAUGCGCUGUGUAAGGACAAACUAUUAUUAUUAUUAUUAAUUGAAACUCUUACUUUUCUAGUGUUCAUUUUCUUAUUUUGUUUAAUGUAUUUAUUAUCUUCUUUCUAGUGUAUUUUGCAAGUACGCUGUAAAUGAUAGACUUCUCAGUGGAGCACAUCAUGCAAUAACAAAGUCAGUAUUAGUAUGUGUCAUACUACUAUUUUUUGUGUGCUGUAAACCAAACUUGAUACAAAGAUUGUGUUGAUCAUGUUCCAAGAUACUGAAACCUUGCUUUAUACUAAUAGGCCGAAGAGUCAUUGCAAAAAAAUUGCGAUUGCAUUUUUAUACAAGAGAUGUCAUUCACUAUUUGAGGCUACGAACAAAGAUUUUUGUAUUCUAUAUUUGCCUUCUAUGCCCUCGUUUUCUGAAAUAGUUGUGCUGCAUUUACUUUUACAAAUAGACACUUUUGCAUAAAGUAUAUUUAAAAAUAAAAAUAUUUUUAUCAUGUGAUUUUUAUUAACCUAGGGAAACACAUUACAAGUAUUUUGACCAUAAGGGAACAAUUUACGGUCAAAAUACAUCAUCAUCAUUUUUAUUAUCAUCAUCAUCUCUAUCAUCAUUAUCAUUAUCAU